GUCUGGAUCCGGCCCGGGGCACGGCUCUCUCUUUGUCUUCGUCGAAGGAGAGAAGAGAAGAGGAGAGGAGAGGAAGAGAAAGACGGGGCUAAGAAGACUCCAGAGAAGGAGACACAGGAGGGAACGAUUGAGGGAUAUCGAGGCUGCAAGGCCGGAAAGAGAGAGAGGGGGGGACAACAAAAAACUUUUCCUGGGUGGCAGUGACCUUUUUCUACAGUGUGCAUUCGACUGGGAUUGUUCUACGAGAAUAUCUGCACUUUGCCCACGGCCCUACACACUGGUUGUCUGGUUGACAAGUGUGCUUGGUUAUCCCAGUUGCAGGGUGAGGACUCUCACUUUGCUAUCGUUUUACACCCUUUUUUUCGGGGUGAACUGAACUGAACUUUACUGAACUGGCCGGAAGUCUGUCUUGUGAACCAUGAAGCCCUCCUGGUUGUCCCCACUGCCCCUGCUCCUCCUUCUCUUGCCCUGCCUGGCUCUGCUGCCCCUGUGCCUGGGUGAGCAGGGUCUGGAGUUCCCCAGCUACGAUGGCAAGGACCGGGUUCUGGACGUGGACGCUAAGAACUUCAAGAAGGCCCUGAAGGAGCACGACAUGCUGUGCCUGCUGUACCACGCGCCCGAGCCCACCGCCAAGGACAAGCUGAAGCAGUUCCACAUGACCGAACUGGUGCUGGAGCUGGCAGCCCAGGUUCUGGAGCCAAAGAAUAUCGGCUUUGGAAUGGUGGACUCCAAGAAGGACGCCAAGGUUGCUAAGAAACUUGGUCUGGAUGAGGAGGGGAGCGUGUACGUCUUCAAAGAUGACCGUGUGAUCGAGUUUGACGGGAUGCUCUCUGCCAACGUCCUUGUGGAGUUCCUGCUUGACCUGCUAGAGGACCCAGUGGAGAUCAUUGAUAAUGCGUUGGAGCUGAGGGCAUUCGAUCGCAUGGACGACGAGAUCCGACUAAUCGGCUUCUUCAAAAACGCGGACUCUGAACAUUUUGUUGCCUUCAAGGAGGCUGCAGAGCAGUUCCAGCCUUACAUCAGAUUCUUUGCCACCUUUGAGAAAUCAGUGGCCAAAUCGUUGACCUUGAAGAUGAACGAGGUGGACUUCUAUGAGCCCUUCAUGGAGGAGCCGGUGACCAUUCCUGACAAGCCCAACUCUGAGGAGGAGAUUGUGGCUUUCAUCACUGAACACAGGAGACCAACACUGAGAAAACUGCGGGCAGAGGACAUGUUUGAGACAUGGGAGGAUGACAUGGAUGGCAUUCACAUCGUUGCAUUUGCAGAGGAAGAAGACCCUGAUGGCUAUGAGUUCCUGGAGAUCCUGAAGGAGGUUGCCAGAGACAACACGGAGAACAAGGAGCUCAGCAUCGUGUGGAUCGACCCCGACGACUUCCCACUGCUGAUCCCCUACUGGGAGAAGACCUUCAAGGUGGACCUCUUCAGGCCCCAGAUCGGCAUUGUCAACGUUUCCGAUGCGGACAGCAUUUGGAUGGAGAUGGACGAUGAUGAAGAUCUGCCCACUGCCGAAGAGCUGGAGGACUGGAUAGAGGAUGUGCUGUCAGGCAAAGUCAACACUGAGGAUGACGAUGAUGAUGACGACGACGAUGAUGAUGAUGAUGACGAUGAUGAUGACGACGACGAUGACGAUGAUGAUGACGACGACGAUGAUGAUGAUGAUGAUGAUGAUGAUGACGAUGACGACGAUGAUGACGAUGAUGAUGACGACGAUGAUGACGAUGACGAUGAUGAUGAAUAAUUAAGCAGCAAGACCAGUGAUGACAGAUUUACAGUUCAUCUGAACUGAGUAAAACGUUUUGUACAUUGUACAUUUUGUACAUUGCUAAACCUACAGCAGGCAGUUCAGUCAAACACAUUAGUGCCUAAAACUCCACCACAUGAUCAAUUAACAUGUUUGUUAUACGAUCAAUUAACAUGUUGGUUACAUGAUCAAUUAACAUGUUGGUUACAUGAUCAAUUAACAUGUUUAUUACACGAUCAAUUAACAUAUUGGUUACAGCAUUGAGGUGUCAAUGUGUUUGUUACAGCAUUGGGCUGUCAAUGUGUUUGAGUGAAUUCAGUGUCUGGGUUUCUUGAUUAACAGCACAGCAGUCUGCUACAGGUGGAUAGCAGCACUACAUCAGUGUUCUGGUGUAUGGGGCCUAUUACUACAAAGCUGCUCCAGGAGAAAAGCAGGUUAAGUUAAGAGGUAAAUCAUCUAAUAGAAGAGCCUGGACUCUGGGCUCUUCUAUAAGAUGAUUUACCAUCUAUUAGAUGAUUUACCUCUUAAUCUAACCUGGGGUGAAUUUCUCAAAACCAAAGUUGCUAACUACAUUAGCUGCUUUACUGUUUUCAAUGCAUUUUCCCAUUGGCAACUACCGAAGUUGCUAACAGGCUAACAAC